AUGGCAGAGCAACAAGUUGCCCAGAUCAUUGUUGAGAGCAUCUACAAUGCCGGCGUCAAGGUUGUGUUUGGCAUUCCGGGCGCAAAGGUAGACGCCAUCUUCGACACACUGAGCGAUCAUCCCGAGAUCAAGUUGGUCAUCUGCCGUCAUGAACAAAAUGCUGCUUUCAUGGCCGCAGCGGUGGGCAGAAUCACCGGGACUGCUGGCGUGUGUAUUGCGACCUCAGGACCCGGUGCGGGAAAUCUCACCACCGGACUGGUCACUGCCACCACCGAGGGAGAUCCUGUUGUCGCCAUCGUAGGCUCUGUACCAAGACUGUUGAGCACCAAGCACACCCAUCAAUCGAUGAAAGCCCUCGACAUUCUCCGUCCCACGUCAAAGUCGGCCACCAACGUCGAUGUGGAAGAUCAAGCUGCUGAAGUCAUUCUCGCGGCCUUUCGAACGGCCAAUGGCAACCCUAAGGGAAGUGCUGUCAUAUCCCUCCCGAUGGACGUUGCUGCUGCCAAGUCAAAGAUCACGGCUUUUCCAUCGCAGGCUUUCAAGGCUCCACUUUACGGCAGCUCUCCCACGGCCGACAUCCAGAAGGUCGCUUCAAUGAUAGACAAUGCCAAGCGGCCCGUGCUAUUUCUUGGACAGAGAGCGAGCAGCAAAUUAGUUGUGGGCGCAGUCCGCACGUUUUUACGAAAGCACAAGAUCGCGGUCGUGGAAACUUUCCAGGCAGCUGGUGCUGUGCCCAAAGAGCUCGCCGACGAGGUAUUCUUUGGCAGAGUAGGCUUGUUCCGCAACCAGACAGGCGAUCGAAUUCUAGCAAAAUCAGACUGCAUCAUUGCACUAGGAUACGAUCCCACAGAGUACGACGCAUCCUCAUGGAAUCCCCAUGGCAAUCUGAACAUUGUUCAUGUCGACUACACCAGCUGUGACUACGGAACUUACUACCAUCCUGAUAUUGAGCUACUGGGCUCCGUCAAGGAGAACAUUCUCGCUUUGUCGGAGCAAAUCAAGAACGUCACAGAUCCCUCAAAAGACGAAUUCUGCCGAGGACUGACCAAAGAGCUUCGUGCCUGGCAGCACGAUCUUCAAAACACCACGAGCGCGGGCUUAGUUCAUCCUCUGCAAUUCAUCGCGGCCCUUCAAAAGCGUGUGCCGGAGCACACCACUGUCACAUGCGACGUUGGCACGUGCUACAUCUACUUCAUGCGGUACUUCUUCGCAUACGAACCGCGGAAACUUUUAUGCUCCAAUGGCCAACAGACUUUGGGCGUUGGUAUGCCAUGGGCUAUUGCAGCGUCACUUACACAGGAUCCGCCUUGCUCGGAAAAAGUCGUUUCGAUCAGCGGGGAUGGAGGUUUCAUGUUCUCCAGCCAGGAGUUGAGCACAGCAGUACAGCAAGGUUGUAACAUUACACACUUCAUCUGGAAUGAUGAGGCAUACAACAUGGUUGAAUUCCAGGAGGAGAUGAAAUACGGAAGAUCCUCAGGUAUCAGUCUUGGAGGCAUCGAUUUCGUCAAGUACGCCGAAGCUUUCGGCGGGAAGGGUUUCAGAAUUAGUGACUCCUCWCAGAUCGAGGAGGUCAUGGAACUUGCUUUGGCUCACAAGGGGCUGAGCUUGGUGGACGUCCGAAUAGACUAUUCACAUGUCAAGGACCUGGCGGGGCACCUCAUUGAAGAUAGCGUGGGAUAA